UGAACAUUUGCCCUCAGUCGGUACUGGCCUUAGAUCAAGACAUAUACGACAAGGACUUUGGCACACUCUUCUUUCCCAGAGAAGCCUGUCGAGAAGGAUUUGGGUUUGGCUUUCCGGCUCACUGGUUUUUCGUCUGUUUCAUGGUCCAUUGUGGAGGCUGGGCUGCUGCGCUUUUCUAUUCGAGCACCUUGGGCAAGUAUCUAAAACGCGAGUUGUGUUUACGACGUGACGCGGAGACACACUUGGGCAACUGCUCCCAUGUGAUCACCUUUGAAGUCGCUUUGGCGCCGGAAGAGGAGGACGAGGCAGAUGAGGAGAUUGACGGUGAUGCACGAAAAGAAGUUGAUGCUGAAGCUGAUGCACUAGAAGAUCCUCUUCGUAAACAAGAAUUACGCCUCGCACGUCGUUUGCAGAAGGCUUUGUUUCCGCAGCCGUUUUUUUGCAAGGGGAAAAGCAAUGUUCUUGGGGAUAAUAAAACUAAGAAGACUUCUAAGAAGACUACAUCCUGCUCUGCAGCAUCCGCCUUGGAAAUCGUCGAAGUGAAGACGCAAAAAGCGACUGGUUGCCGUGAAGUGGUAUCUUUGUGCUCGUUUUUCCGCUUUAUGCCUCGACAUGGGAAAUUCGUGCGACCUCAGGAAGCGAUGAUGGACGACCUUAGGGCGGAGCAGGGGAUGAAACUCAAAGGUUCAUCCGAUCGUGGCGUCGUUGCUAAUUUCGUGGACCGAUUAUGUAACUACCAAGCUGGUUCUUCCAAGAAAGAUGGCAAAGAAGAUGAGCGAGAAGCUAAACUCCAAUUCUUUGGGCAAAACCGUCUUCAUGCAGAAUUCCAAAAUUUUUGGCAAUUCUUUUGCAACAAGUUCAGGGAUCGCAGUGUCUUGCUAAGUCUCCAUAUGUCCGGUCUCUUCGUGACCAGUUCGCAGGUUCAGUACCUGCCAGUCUGGCUUUUUCUGCUGGUCACCCUAAACCUGUGGGCUGCCUG